AUGGAGUCUUCCAGUACCAUUCCACCGUCCCGUAGAGGUUCCAAUACCAUUCCAUCUUCCAGCAAAGGUUCCAGUACCGCUCCACCCUCCAGCAGAGGUUCCAGUACCUUUCCGCCCUCCAGCAGAGGUUUCAGUACCAUUCCCACUUCCAGCAGAGGUUCCAGUACCAUUUCACCUUCCAGCAGAGAUUCCAGUACCAUUUCACCUUCCAGCAGAGGUUCUAGUACCAUUCCCCCUUCCAGCAGAGGUUCCAGUACUACCAUUCCACCUUACAGCAGAGGUUCCAGUACUUCCAUUCCACCUUCCAGCAGGUUCCAGUACUACCAGUUCACCUUCGUGAGACAGUUCCCAGUAUUACCAUUCCACCUUCGAGCGAGGUUCCAGAACUACCACCCAUUCACUUUCCAGCAGAAGCUCCCCUACCAUUCACCUUCUAGCGAGAGGUUCCAGUACCAUUCCACUUACCUCCAGCAGAGGUUCCAGUAUCUUAUUCCACCUUCCAGCAGAGGUUCCAGUACCAUUCCCCUUUCCAGCAGAGCUACCACUACCAUUCCCGCUUCCAGCAGAGGUUCAAAUACCGUUCAACCUUCCAACAGAGGUUCCAGUACCAUUCCCCCUUCCAGCAGAGGUUCCAGUACCAUUCCCCCUUUCAGUAGAGGUUCCAGUACCAUUCGCCCUUUCAGCAGAGGUUCCAGUACCAUCCCCCCUUCCAGCAGAGGUUCCAGUACCAUCCCCCCUUCCAGCACAGGUUCCAGAACCAUUCCCCUUCUAGCAGAGGUUCCAAUACCAUUUCCCCUUCAAGCAAAACUAUCAACAGAGGUUCCACUACCAUUCCACUUUCCAGCAGAGGUUCCAGUACCAUUGCCCCUUCCAGCAAGGGCGGAAACCGCGACUCUCUGCUCCCUCGCUUAA